AUGUACGAUAUCGCCACUCAGCUGGUCAUGAAGUGGGCUCGACAAGGCCCGAAUGCCUCGAUCACCGUCACCGAUGACUUUACUCGUCUGACAUUGGAUACCAUCGCACUAUGUGCUAUGGGAACGCGGUUUAACUCCUUCUAUCGCGACGAGAUGCAUCCCUUUGUGGAGGCUAUGGUGGGCCUGCUUGCUGGAUCGGGCGCCCGAUCUCGUCGUCCGGCUCUGCUGAACAAUUUGCCCACGAGCGAAAACACGAAGUACUGGGCUGAUAUUGAUUAUCUACGCAAGCUUUCGCAGGAGCUUGUCGAUGAUCGGAAAAAUAAUCCUGAAGAUAAGAAGGAUCUUCUUAAUGCCAUGAUUCUUGGCCGUGAUCCUCAGACUGGAAAUGGUCUGACAGACUCCUCGAUUGUCGAUAACAUGAUCACAUUCCUGAUCGCCGGACACGAAACUACUUCUGGCAUGCUAUCAUUUUUGUUCUACUAUUUACUCAAAACCCCACAUGCAUACAAAAAAGCCCAAGAAGAAGUCGACCAGGUUAUCGGAAAGCGCAAGAUCACAGUGGACGACCUGUCAAAACUCCCCUAUAUCACAGCCGUGAUGCGCGAAACCCUCCGACUGAAACCGACCGCACCGUUCAUCGGUCUCCAUGCCCACCCAAUCAAGAACAAAGAAGAACCAGUCACACUCGGGGGCGGGAAAUACGUCUUGAACAAAGAUGAGCCUAUCGUGAUGAUUAUCGGCAAAAUGCAGCGCGAUCCAAAAGUCUGGGGUGCCGACGCAGACGAGUUCCGACCCGAACGAAUGUUAGACGAGCAUUUCGACAAACUGCCCAAGAACGCAUGGAAGCCAUUCGGAAAUGGCAUGCGAGGCUGUAUCGGACGGCCAUUCGCUUGGCAAGAAGCUCUGCUCGUCGUCGCGAUUUUGUUGCAGAAUUUCAAUUUCCAAAUGGCCAAUCCUAGCUAUGAUUUGCGUAUCAAGCAGACUCUCACCAUCAAACCCAAAGAUUUUGAGAUGAAGGCAUCACUGCGGGAUGGGCUUGAUCCGACACAUCUUAGUAUGACCUUGAAUGGUUCUGCUGAUGCUGCAAAGGCUUCUGGUCUUGAAGAUCGGGAGAGGAAGCCUAAGCCUGUUCCUGUGGGUGCCAAGCUCAAGAAUAUGCACAUCUUCUACGGAAGUAACACCGGGACUUGUGAAGCGUUUGCACGCAGGUUGGCAGAUGAUGCUGCGGAGUAUGGAUUCUCCGCUUCGACUAAAUCUUUGGAUUCUGCUAUGCAGAAUAUUCCGACCAGUGAGCCCGUUGUCUUUAUUACGGCUUCCUAUGAAGGACAGCCACCCGAUAAUGCAGCUCACUUUUUUGAGUGGCUGAGUGAGCUUAAGGGUAGCAGCUUGGAGGGUGUCAAUUAUGCAGUCUUUGGUUGUGGUCAUCAUGAUUGGGCUGCUACUUUCCACCGGAUCCCAAAGGCAGUGAAUGAGCUGAUCCAAGAGAAUGGAGGAAACAGACUCUGUGAAAUAGGACUUGCCGACGCAGCCAACUCGGACAUGUUCACUGAUUUUGAUGGUUGGGGCGAGACGGCAUUCUGGCCAGCAAUUACAGCAAAAUAUGGUGGAGGACAAGACAAGAAAGCCAAGUCUAAAUCGUCCCUACAAGUCGAGGUGUCAUCAGGAAUGCGCGCAUCAACUCUAGGCCUCCAGUUGGAGGAGGGCUUCGUGAUGGAGAAUCAACUCCUGACACAGCCCGGUGUGCCUAUGAAGAGACUGGUGAAAUUCAAACUCCCAACCGAUAUGACCUACCAAUGCGGUGACUACUUGGCCGUCUUACCCGUGAAUCCAACUUCAGUAGUCCGUCGCGCAAUUAGCCGUUUCGGUCUACCCUGGGAUGCAAUGCUUCGCAUCCAAAAGCCAUCCAAGAGCACAGCUCCACCAUCCAUCCCCCUGGACACCCCAAUCUCCGCCUUCGACCUCCUCUCAACAUACGUCGAGCUAUCCCAGCCCGCCUCAAAGCGCGACCUGCAGCUUCUUGCAGACGCCGCAAUCGAAGACGCAGAAACCCAAGCUGAACUCCGCUACAUCGCCUCAAGCCCCAACCGCUUCUCCUCCGAAAUCGUCAAGAAACGCGUCAGUCCCCUGGACCUCCUUAUGCGCUACUCAGCCAUCAAGCUGCCAAUCGGCGAUUUUCUUGUUAUGCUUCCACCUAUGCGCGUACGACAGUACUCUAUCUCCUCAUCUCCACUGUCUAACUCGGAAGAGUGCACAAUCACCUUCUCCGUCCUGAAUGCGCCGGCACUCUCUAUACCCUCCGAAGGUACCGAAUCAGAGGCACAACAAUACCUGGGCGUCGCAUCGAAUUACCUAUCCGAACUCCAAAUCGGUGAACGAGCACAUAUCUCCGUCCGACCGUCCCACUCAGGCUUCAGACCACCCGCAGACCUCCAAACACCAAUGAUAAUGGCAUGUGCCGGUACAGGACUCGCACCCUUCCGCGGAUUCAUAAUGGAUCGCGCAGAACGAAUCCACGGACGUAACAGUCCUGAGCAACCCGCGAAAGCAAUUCUAUACGCAGGCUGCCGCACAAAGGGCCAAGAUGAUAUCCAUUCCGCCGAACUGGCAGAAUGGGCUAAGAUGGGUGCUGUUGAUGUUCGGUGGGCAUACAGUCGUCCAUCGGACGGGACGAAAGGACAACAUGUUCAGGAUCUGAUGCGGGGAGAUAGCGAAGAGCUUACUGAGUUGUUUGAGGCGGGUGCUAAUAUCUAUGUUUGUGGUAGUACUGGGGUGGGGAGUGCCGUUCGUGCUGUUUGCAAGGACAUUUUCAUUCAGAAGCGAAGGGAGAAGAUUGCGAAGGCUACGGAGGUCGGCGAGGAGGUUCCUAAUGCGGAGCUUGAGGAGGAUGUUGCUGCUGAGAAGUUCUUUGAUCAGUUGCGGACGAAGGAGAGGUAUGCUACUGAUGUUUUUACUUGA